AUGCAGGAUGGCAACCUUGAUCUUGUCGUCGUCUGGAAUGCAGAGUCGCUUGGAUUUGUUGUCGCUGCUCAAGUAGAUGAGUCCGUUGAUUUUCACAAAAUUCUUGUCCUGUCGAUUGCCUCGGAAGACGUCUCUGAAGAAGCUGUCCUUCUCGUAGGCUUCUUGAAUCAACUUCUACGUCUUGUCUUCCAUGUGCGCAGUGAUGAUCGUGUUCGAGUUUUCAAAGCUUAUCGCGUUAAUGAAAACCCUUUUGAUCACGAAUUGGAGUAG